UUGCAAAGCCUUUGCAUCUCAUUUCGGCAAAUACAUUUAAAAAAAAUUAUGCUUAAAGCAUGUCCCGCUCGUAUUCAUGUCUCUUAACCCUACCUUCUCGGUACCUCAUCGUUGUCGUCCGUCUUCUUGUUCCCUUCUUCGCAGCUUUGACCGUUCUUUUCCUCAUUUUACCCGGAGUCUCCGGAAAUAAGACCGGUUUCUACUGGGUUAACAUCGAAUAUGAAGGAAAUGAGGGGACUUGGGAGGUUGGGGCAUUGGGAAGUUGUCAAUAUGGAACCGAAUGUUCGUCUGCUGGCCAAACAAGUCCUCCAUAUUGGGGAUCUAUCCAUAGCCUUCUCACUUUCCAUAUCGCCUCCGCAGCAAUAUUCUUCCUCACCUCCUGCUUUGCUUCUGCCCUAUCGCACUUCCCCUCCGCCCCUUUUACUAUGAAAUACGGCCCGUUCGCCUCCAUAUUUGGCCCCCUUUUCCCUUGUAUCGUGAUGAUCUCCGAUAUCAUGGUGGUACAUAGACUCAAGUCGGAAGGGGAUGUGAAGGUUGUAGAAGUUGUCGAUAGCUAUUGGCUGGGGACUGUCGGAUUCGUCAUGUCGGUUUUGUGGUUUCUUGCUGUACAGUACGACGGCUAUCUUCGACGAUUGGAAGCUGGAGACAAUGAGGAGGUCAAAGAAGUGAAAGACGAAGAAAACAAUAUCGUGACAAGGUUGGCACAUGCGUCAUAUAGCUGGUGGCCGUGGAGCAGCGAGACAGGGCAAGAGACGACUAUGACAAGGAAUGGGAGAGGGUAGCUGGAAAACGGAAAGACAGAAAGCGAGAUACACAGAAGAGGAAGGAAAGUUCUAGGUCUCGAUCGCACGCAUAAGUAGCUCAAGAAUGCGAAUUGGGGUCAAUAUAUGCA